ACAGAAAAGCAAAAGCAGCCUCCUGCUGACUUCUUUUGGUAGAGAGCUGAUGUAGCUGGAAGGCAACAGGCCAGCUUGGGGCAUCACCCCUUUCCUCAGGUAUUUAACUCAUCAGUCAGAUUGUGGAGAGCAACUGAAGAGACCUUUGAAAAUGCUGUGGAUGUCGAGUCUCCCAACUGCAUCUCUCUGUCUGCUGCUCCUCCCGUGCUUCCCUGCCCAGAACGGUGGAGAAAACGAACAGUCAACAGAUGUUAUCAGUGUUUGGGAAGGAGACUCCAUCAGCAUAACUUGCCCAAUCAGUGGUUUUGGAAAGCACCUGGGAAUGUACUUGAAAAGUAGCAGAAAGACAGUCAAUAUGGUAUAUUUUUCCAUGGACAAUCCUCCAAAUAUCUCUCCUGAUUUGGCUGGUCGCACCGAGUGUUCAAGGGAAGGAAGGAAUUACAGGACAACUUUGCACAAUGUACAGGAAUCUGACUCCAAUAUCUACCUAUGCAUUGAGUAUGUUACAGUCAAUAACCAUCACGAAGUAUUGGAUGGGAAGAGAACCAUAGUAGUGGUGAAAGCUAAAACUGAUGGGGCUUUGAAGCAGUCACCGCUCUAUGCCAGCCCUCAGCAAGGCCAGUCUGUCAACAUCACCUGUGUGAUGAACAGCUCACGUGGAGAUGGAGGGAUCUACCUGCUCAGGACUCUUGUGCAGCCUGAAAGGGUUCUGUAUGUGUCAAAUGAGAAUACUGCCAGGAUUUUGCCUGCCUUUACUGGUCGCUUGGAGUAUUCAAAGGAAGGGAAGCAAAUAGUGAUAAUUCUACAUAACCUGCAGGAAAACGACAGUGAUAACUAUGUCUGUGCUGAGGAGGUGAAAAAUGUAAAAAAUACCCAUCUCCUCUCAGCAGAUGGCACCUUGCUGCUGGUUAAAGGUGCAGAAGGGGGGCAGGCACACUCCCAGCAGGCAUGCAGUGAUAGUUCCUGGGUCAUCUAUUCUCUCCUCAUCCUGGUGGUACUACUGCUUUGUGCACUGGUGUGCUGCACCUUGUACCGUGUCAAUCUGUAA